GCGUCGCGACGCUGGCAUGUGCCGCAGAUUAUGCCGCAUUGGCACAACCGUACGACACCGGUCGGUCGUUGAAGUUAUUCGAACCGUUUUCUCGCGAGUCGAACCGAACGGGUCGGUCGGAAUAGAGUUGAAAACGAGAUGCCACGAUGCGCCGCCGCGGAAGAAGAUGACGACCAGCUGAUCGUUGAGCGAGACGAGCCGCUGUGUUGCAUCCGAAACGGAUUAGUGUGAAAGAACAAGAAUAUUAUUCGCUUACUAGAGUAGAGGACCAGUGCCCGCAGGAUCAUGAACGUCCGACGACUGCCCGGUUUCAUGUACCACUACAAAGUGGUCACUUUGUUCGUGUUCUCGGUGUCUCUUCUGGUCGUCUACUUGCUACUGCACUGGGGUAUUAUGUGCACGAAUCUCGAAGCCUGGCGGCACGUAUCCAACGUGUGCAGCACGCACAGAAAGGGAGCUGCAAUAGGAAUUCUAUGCGACCCGCUAUGUGCAGAAAGGGGUAUUCAUUCGCUGGCGUGCGAAGCGCUGCAUGCUGGCAAAGAAGCAGUUUUCUCUGCACACUGGGAAGCAACGCGACUAGUAUUCAAAGCCUCAAGAACGAAGACCACGGUUGAGCAGUACGAGUCGCUCUACUGGACGGACUCGACCGGCACCAAACGCUACCCGUCCGAGGAGGACUUCGGCCACAUGAUCAAAGAUCUAGUCGUUAGCAAACUGAACGUGAUGCCGUCGGGACAUCAAUUGGAGAGGCUGACGCGGCUCCGCACGCACCGUGUGGAGAGCGAGCUGACCAGGCGGCAGCUGGAGAUGGAGAAUCUUUGGCCGUUGCUGCAGGAGAACGAGUACCUGAUGAGCAUCCUCUUCGAGGACAGGGACAUUUUUCCGCAGCUGAUUGGCACGUGCGGCACAUUCUACGCGGUCGAAUACGUUCGACCGAUCGAAACACCCACGACAGUACUAGCCCUGUCGGACUCGAAACCGGAAUGGGCGAAGAGACUGAAACUAGCCGUGAUGAUCAUAGACCUGCUCGAGGAACUCGACACCAACUUCCCCGAGCCGAUCCAUCUCUGCGACGUCAAGAUAAACCACUUCGGUUUGCCCCUAGGCGGACAGAAACUCAAGUUUCUCGACCUGGACGCAGCGUUUCCUAAAACGAUCAUCAGCCGCAUCAUGGCUGACAGGAAGAGCUGCAAGAGGCACGAGGACUGCGACUACUUCGACUGCAGGUCCGUCUGCUCGAAGGACAAACGCUGCGAGUCGCCAGUCAUGAACAAUAAUUUGCAGAUUGUAUGCGAGAAAAUAUUUCUCGGUUGGACUCUCUCUGGGACUAUCAUAAUACCCGGACUACUUAUGUCAGAGCACACCACCAGCACACUGGCAGUAAUGUUGCGGCAAUGUGCGAACCCGGCCGCUGACGUUGGGUACUUGCCUCGCGCUGCUGUGCCAGAAAGCUUGAAAACACGGCUGUACAAUAUGCUACACGAAAUGGAACAAGAAGUCGCAGCUUCCGUGUAGAUAUUAUUUCGGAUUUUUUAAUGCGAAACUAGCGAUCAGUGGUUGGCGACUAUUUUAUAAGUCAUGUUCAUGAUCUUUUCACAUAGAGUCGCUCGUAAAAGAAUUCGUAUAAACCUUUUUCAAAUUGGACUGAAUAACUUGGAUUUUCUUAAGAUGGUAAAAGUAGAGAUGCGGCUAUAUCGAUUAUCGAUAAAAUUAUUGAUAUUAUCGAUGUAUCUUAACUAUAUCGUACAUUUUCAAUUUACUAUACUGUUUACAGAUUGUUUAUUCAAUCAAAUCUAAGUCUUCGGACAUUAAGAUUAAUAUAAUAAACAAGUCAACAGUUUAACAAUUUUAAGAGUGAAAUAUUUUUAAUAAAUAUUAUUAAUAGGAGGAUGCUAUGAAAAACUUUUUUUUAAAUGUAACUCGACAUUAAGACUGCUUAACGAAAAAGUUGCUAACGAAAAUAAAACGACGUAAGGGUGUAAUGAGAAGGGCCAAGUUCUGCACUCAUUUAGGAAAACGUAAAAAGUUUAAUCGCGAGCCACUGAUAAUGAAAGUUUCGUCUAGAGUGGCCUCUAAAUUCUAAUAUGUAAGCAGACCAUGUAGAAUAUCUCAUUUUAAUUAAUAUAUGGAUACACGUAUUUAUUAAUAACGUCACUGAUAAAUACUUCCAUGAAAAGUCAAUGCGUCGUACUUAUGCAAAUUAAUAAAUUACUUUAUAAUAAAUUAUUUUUGAUAAGUUAGAAAUAUUUAUUAAUGUUAAUCAAUGUUGUGGGUAUAAUUAUAAGUUAGAGAUACGAUACUGUUUGCAAAGUUAUUUACAUUAGAUAGUUUCAUUCAAAUAAUUAUGAUUAAGUAAAGACACGACUGUGUGUGUAUCCGUAUAUCGAUUAAAAUGAGUCGCCGACAUAAGUAGAUGAAUUUCUCAUAGUUACAAAGUUGUUCCUAUGAGAAGAAUCGAAUCCUAGAGCUUGUUACCCCGGCCUUGCAAAAUACUUUGCAUUAAGUUUCAAGGUUAGUGUACACAACAUAUAAAGUACCUCGGCUCAGCAGAGGGUAAGAAAGAUUUUUAUAGUUUCGAAGAAAGGAACAAUCUUUGUACCUUAACAGUGUAAGCAAAUAAGUGACCAUUAGAGGCUAGUGAUAGCAAUAAGGGAAAAUAUUAUAACAUCAAUUAUUACCAACAUCGAGCACAAACAUAAACUACUUUCACUUAAUAGCAGCCUUAUUACCGAGUAAUUUAAAUCUACUUGAUACGCUUAUAUAGGAGCCAAAGUACAAGAAUAUUAUUACUUUUAAUAUGUAUAUUGCCGCACGGCUUAAAGCACUUAAGGCGGGGGGAGAGCACCUUAAGGUAACAAACACGUCAAAUAUUACAAUUUUUUCAGAGAUGAAUGCAAAACGAGAAAGUCGAAUUCUUUUUUGGCAUAAACGCGUUAGCUGUUUGUGUUUUCAUUUUUUAAGUCAAAAUGUUACGAAAUGACGUAAUUAUCUUUUUCCAUAGCUUACUGUUGGUAAUAUCGAUUGAACUGACCAAAGUUUGAUAAGCGAUGAAAAAAAAAUGUCUAACGGACAUAUAUUAUGUACUUAAUAGACAUAUGUAUACCAUGUAUGAAUUUUCAAAAGUUUCAAUUAUUACAGAAAUGGCAACCGAUUGAAAUGCGAACACUUGUGUUUACUAAAAAAGAAUCAUCUUUCAAUGUUUAUAAAAAUUAAUUGAAUAGGAUGCUGAAAAAAUUGUACGGUACGUUGGCGAAUACUUUCUACGGAAUAUUUUCUCCAAACAACAAAGUCAGGAGAUUUUGUUUUGCUAUAAUUUUGUUAAAUGUCAGAAUUUUUAAACACAAUGCUCUGCAGACCUUCAGAAAACGAAAUAAAAGAUUCAGUUGUCUCGAACCAUUAAAGUGGCCUACCCCCCUCAAGAAUAAUAUUAAUAUUAAAAUAUCGAUUUAGCUCAGUAGAAUUAAGAAAUUUUAAUGUGUUACGUUGAUAUCGAUCAAUUUUGGAUUGUGGAGACUUGGACUUUCAAGUUUAUUGAAUAUUCAAUACUGCAUUUAAUAAAACAUUUUUGACAGAAAUUGAUCGUUCCGCAUUUUUAUGUACAUAUAUAUAUGUACACAUAUUGUUUGUGAUCUUAUAGACCAAAAUAUUUAUACAUCUAAUUUUCAAAAAUAAAAAAUACAUGCCUUAAAA